AUGGAGUGCCAAAAAUCGAAUGAUCAGCAGUCUGCUUACCCUGUGUUCUAUGAUGUGGAACCUUCUGAAGUCCGAAAACCAAAUGGAGCAUUUGCAGAAGCCUUAUCCAUACAUAAAAUGGAAGAGGCUACUGUGAAAUGGAGAGAGGCUCUCAAUGAAGCAGCCAAUCUAGCUGGGUGGGAAUUGAAGGACACUGCUAAUGGGAUCUUCCUCAACAAGCUAACUGAAUAUUCUCUAAUCUACAAGUAUGAAGCUAAAGUCAUCAAAAUUAUUGUUGAACAGAUUUUGCUGAAAUUACGUUCCAUUCAUUUCAGUGACGAUGAAAAUUUAAUAGGCAUGCAUCAUCGAGUGCAGGAUGUAGAGUCGUCUUUACAAAUCGAUAAUUUGAAUGUUGUUCGAAUGAUAGGGAUCAAGGGAAUGGGAGGUAGUGGUAAGACAACUCUUGCUAGAUCUAUUUUUGAUAAAGUAUCAACUCAAUUUGAUGGGUAUGAAAAGCUAUCACUUGCAGUUGUACGUUAUGCUGCUGGUCUUCCCUUAACGAUCAAAGUUUUGGGUUCUUUUCUCUGUGGGAAAGAUGAGCUUGAAUGGAGGGAUGCACUAAAAAGACUCAAAAGAAUUCCACUUAAGGAAACUUUGGAAAAAUUAAAGUUAAGCUAUAUCGCACUAGAGGAUGACUACAAGGAAAUAUUCCUUGAUGUUGCAUGUGGACUAAAAGAUGUGUUCAAGGAGGAUGCAAUGAGAAUACUUGAAAGCUGUGGAUUUCAUGCUAGAAUUGGUUUAAGAGUUCUUGAGGAAAAAUCUCUCAUAACUAGUUCAAGUAUGUUCUUGCACAUGCAUGAUCAUCUACAAGAAAUGGGAAGGAAUAUUGUUCGUCGAUUGCACCUUGAUGAUCCAAGAAGACAUAGCCGGUUGUUUAUUCAUGAGGAAAUUGAAGAUGUAUUGGCUAAUGACUUGGGCACUGAAGCAACAAAAUCUAUAAUAAUAUCAGAGGAACUUCCUCCUGAAAUUAUUAUGAGAGGUCUGGGAAAAAUAAAGGAACUUAAGGCUCUUCACCUGCAUGUCGAUGACAUGUGUUAUGGUUCUGAAUAUAGUUGGAUUACUGGUGGUUGGAAAUUUGAUCAAGUUAGCCACUACUUUCCAAAAGCUUUACGAUAUCUUUGUUGGAGAGCUUACCCUUAUAAUUAUUUACCAAAAACGUUUCAAGCAAAUAAUCUUGUUGUGCUUGACAUGAGUUUAAUCGGAAUCGUAAAACUUUGGAAAGGAGAACAAAAGGUUCUCAACAAGCUUAGAAUCCUUGACCUAGGUUUUACAAAGUUGAGGACCCUUGACCUUGGGAUGGCUCCGAAUCUUGAGAGGUUAAUACUUGAAGCAUGUGAUGAUUUGGUAGAAGUUCACGUGUCCACUGGAUGUGGGAAAAAUCUAGUGUACUUGAAUCUAGAUUUCUACCUACGAGAGCUUAAGUUUUCAAAGAACAAUAUUGAAGAACUACCCUCGUCAAUUGGAAAUCUUCAUUGUCUUGUUUCCCUAGAUCUUUCAAAGAACAAUAUUGAAGAACUACCCUCAUCAAUUGGAAAUCUUCAUUAUCUUGUUUCUCUAGAUCUCAGUUCUUGCAGAGAUCUGAAGAGUCUUCCAGAAAGCAUUUGUAUUUUACAACAUUUAAGGCAUCUAAACCUCAAGGAGUGUGCCAUAGAGGAACUUCCCGAGAACCUUGGUCAUUUAGAAUGUUUAUAUUGGUUAAAUUUAUCAUAUACACUUAUUAAACAUCUACCAGAAAGCUUUUGUAUGUUGAAACAUCUAAAAAUUCUCCAUCUUCAACAUUGUGACUUCAUUCAAAACAUACCUGAGGAUCUUGGGCGAUUAGAAUGUUUGGAGAGAUUAUAUCUAUCAUUUAGCAAGGUGAGAGAAAUUCCAGACAACAUAUGUAAGUUGAAGCAUCUCAAACAGCUUUUACUUGAAGGAUGUAAUCAACUUAAGGAAUUACCCGAGAAACUGGGAGAUUUAGAAGCUUUAGAACUGUUAGAUGUAAAAGGUACAUGCAUAAGUCAUCUUCCCAGGAGUAUUUCUUUGUUGAAAGGUCUAAAAUCCGUGGAUUUGAAUCAAAGGGUCAAUCCAUAG